UCCCCAUCACUAAGUGGAAGGGAAAAAAAUGGCGGCCAAGGGCUAACUCCUUAGUGAUGAACACACACGUUAGCAAGCGAGCCAAUGUCGAUAAUAAAACUCCUCUGAGACACGGUGUUCUUUUUAGAGGCGGCACACCACAACCAACGCGCUGGCCUCGGGAAGGGUAAACAUCACUGUCCUAUCUUGAUAUCUUGGUCCACACCGUUGGAGCAUGAGGAAGCCUAUACCACAGAAAGCUAUAGAGUGGAAAGACGCAAGAAGGAUCAAGCAUGCCCGCAGUGGACGUCCCGUCCGGGGACCCUCCCUGUAUCAAGGACAUUUCAGUUGGGAGAAGUACCUUAAGGAGACUGGUGCCAGUGCUGCACCUUCAUCAUGCUUCCGACAGAGCCUCACGCCCCCACUCAAUGAGUUCAAAGCCGGCAUGAAGCUCGAGGCGCAAGAUCCACGGAACACCACGUCCACUUGCAUCGCCACCGUUGUGGGCCUGACGGGGUCACGGCUUCGCCUGCGCCUGGACGGCUCGGAUAACAAGAAUGACUUCUGGCGCCUGGUGGACUCGUCGGAGAUCCAACCCAUCGGCAACUGCGAGAAGAACGGGGGCAUGCUGCAGCCACCGCUUGGUUUUCGUCUAAAUGCAUCAUCCUGGCCUAUGUUUCUAUUGAAAACACUAAAUGGAGCUGAGAUGGCGCCUCCUCGCAUUUUUCAUAAGCAGGAGCCUCCUGCACCGGAGCAGAACUCCUUCCAAGUGGGCAUGAAGCUAGAGGCAGUGGACCGUAAAAACCCUCACUUCAUCUGCCCGGCAACAGUGGGUGCGCUACGUGGAGUGGAGGUGCUGGUCACCUUUGACGGCUGGCGAGGUGCGUUCGACUACUACUGCCGUUACGACUCGAGGGACAUCUUCCCGGUCGGCUGGUGCACGCUCACCGGGGACAACCUGCAGCCACCUGGAACCAAAGCAGUGCCGCCAAAGAGUAUUGGCCCGCUAACAGACGGGGCGGUGGAAAACCAAGCCAUGCACACGCCUUCCAUCGUCGACAAACCUCCCAGUCAGAGGGGGCGCAAACCCGGGCGCAGGAAAACCAAAGGGCCUUGGAAUCAGAAGACUUCUGCUGUGUUAGGACCACCGAGCAUCCAGACAACCAAAAGCCUGGAGCCUAUUAAGAUCCCCAAGAAACGAGGACCCAAGCCCGGACGUAAGUUGAGUUGGGUAAAGAGAGCAGCCUGGCUGCAAGACGCCAUGGCAGGACCCGGGCGGCCAACCGCAGGUCCGGGACGACCCCGUGGCAGAUUGCCGGCCAAUUGGACCCAGAGGAUAUCCAUACAGCAGGCCCAGGCCUCACCUGUCAAGAUCCCCAAAAAAAGAGGGCCCAAGCCUGGCAGCAAGAGAAAACCUCGCCUGGUACCUAAUGCAGUUCCCACGUCUCCCACCAGCAGCACCCCUGAGCCUGACACUAGCACUGUACCCCUCGACAACGCCACCAUCCCCAACUCUGCACUACAGGCCCCCACAGUUUGUGUUUACUUAAACAAAUACGGCAAAGUGGGACCCCAUCUGGACCAGUGGCGCAUUCAGAAGCUGCCGGACCACUUCGGUCCAGGUCGUGCAUCCUCUGUGCUUCAGCAAUGCGUCCAGGCUUGCGUGGACUCCGCCCACGACCAGGCCACAGUUUUCUCCUGCCUCAAGCCCGGCCAGGGGGGUGAGGUCAUUUCAGCCUUCUUCAACCAGCAGCAGCACACGCUGACGCUGCCCACGGUCAGCAGCGUCACCUACGUCCUCCGCUUCCUGGAGAAGCUCUGCCACAACCUCCAUUGUGACGCCCUGUUUGGCAGUCAGCCUGUGGCCAAGGGAAGCUUGCACUAUGACGGACGCACCUAUGCUGCAGGCAAGAGAAGUUUGGCAGAUAACCUGACGACUGGUCCUGGGCGAGGCACCAAGAGGUUCCUGCAGAACUCGUACAACAGCCCACUACCAUCAAAACUGGCCAAGAGCUCCCGUCCUUCAACUGAUGAUGGGCACCUGAAUGCACCAGGGCAGACGCGCAGGUUUCAAGAGUUGUCGUAACAUUUGAUGUUCAGCUAACAGUGCAAGCUUCUAAACCCGCUGAUGAUGUUUCCAGUUACCUCCAGGAAUGUGCAGCACACGGUGCAGGAGAGAGUGGACGCAGCGGACACCAAAACACCCGCCCAGCUUGUCAAACCGGUACUUAUUAGGGUAAGGAGGGAGUGGGAGAACACAUUGUCUGACGAAAGGGACGAGUGACCUAUUAAUCAUUCAUUAUCUCUUCAGCACUGUUAAUGAGGUGACGACUCUUAAAUAAUUAGCAAUGUGAGUGUAUUUCCAUAUAGCGGUAGCCUGAGGAGAUGGAGGGCACCGGGGACGAAUGGGAGAAAGGAGAGAAGCAACAAAAAAAUUGGAGGAAAUGAAAAGGGACAUUGCCGUCUUUCCAUAUGUCAAGCUAAUGUUGUUUUUUUUGACAAUACGAAGGGGAUAAGUACAAACAGCAUACAUAACACCAGCAUAAUUUAAUAGUGAUUGACAUAGCAGAUUUUCAUUUAUGCCUUAAUAUAUAUGGAUAGACUCCAGUCCUCUUGUGACCUUGAAGAAUAAACAGUAUUUAUGUUAUUGUUUGUGUUAAAACAUUGUCGGCUGCACGGCAAUCGUGUGAUUAGCGCGCAGAACUCACAGCUCGGAGACACAGGUUCAAUUCCACCUUCGGCCAUCUCUGUGUGGAGUUUGCAUGUUCUCCCCGUGCAUGCGUGGGUUUUCUCCGGGGACUCCGGUUUCCUCCCACAUUCCAAAAACAUGCUAGGUUAAUUGGUGACUCCAAAUUGUCCAUAGGUAUGAAUGUGAGUGUGAAUGGUUGUUUGUCUAUAUGUGCCCUGUGAUUGGCUGGCGACCAGUCUGGGGUGUGCCCCGCCUCUCGCCCGAAGACAGCUGGGAUAGGCUCCAGCACCCCCCGCGACCCUCGUGAGGAAAAGCGGUAGAAAAUGAAUGAAUUAAUGAAUUAAUGAAACGCCACAGGCCACCAAAUUACAGCUCAUUUUCCAUAUUUGCUGUUUUCAAUUAUAAUUAGUUUGAAAAAUAUUUAAAAAACGCCACGGGCCUCUAAUUUCUGCCUGUGCUAAUUUAGUGUUGUGGUGGUAAACUGGUGCCAUGGUGUAACCCUAAUGCAGGCAAUCAUCCUCUUGUUUUUAUGUCCUGGUACAAGCUGGGAUAGGCUCCAGCUGCGCCCCUCGUGUGGAAAAAGCGGUAAUGAAUGAAUUAAUAAAACUUUGUGGAGGGGUGGCACAUGCGCUGAGGAAGAACACGUAACAUUUCGAUGCCAAUGCCGAUUACCGGUCAGAGCAGCUCCCUAUGGAACCACUGAUCCCAUUCCAGAAUGUACUGUAGAUGAUGGUUCGAUCCAACCGAUCAUUCUCCAUGAACCAGGAAGUAUGGACAAACAAAGACAGUUAUGCCAUCCAGGUCAUUGAAUUCUCAGGGAGCCUAGAGCUGUCCUAUCUAGUCUUUUGAGUAUGAACUUAUGAAGCACGCUUUUCAUUGGCGAGUGAUCCUAUGUCAUUGUCUUUUAGCCAGGAAGUGGCCUGUACAGUACAGAACGAUUACCACCACUCCUGUAUCAAUAAUAGUACGGUCCAGUCAUCUUAGGUAGCUCUCUGGUAAUUAUGCUGCUGUUAUGUAUGCUGUUUGUACUUCCUGUUGGUAUUGUCAAAAAAAACCCCAACAACAUUAGCUUGACAUAUGGAAAGACGGCAAUGACAAGCACCUUUUCGCUCCCUUCAGGAUGAUGGGAAUACUGCAAGUGCCUCCCAUAUGACAUAUCUACGUAUGUUAUUGUCUGAUUCGCAUGAAUAAUAAUGUCAGACUUACUAUAAACACAUGACAAGGGCUGUAGUAUGUCAUGGUGUAUAAUUCAUGUUUCCACAUGCUGACAGACAGAAACUGGCAGGCACCAUGAGCUUUGUAUUUAACCAGGAAAUGUGUACUGGGACAAAUAUUAAUGUUUAUUUUUAUAUUAUUAUUCGGGCUUUUUUGCACUGUGUGCUAACACACAAUUGCCAAACAAAUAUAAAUUAUAUUGGUGCUGUCAACAAACAACAAAUUUGUCUCAUUUGUUUUUAUUUUCAUAUUAUUACCUUUAAAGAAACCCAAAAUGUCAGUUUUCUGCUAAUUACAGAGCAAAAUAAAAGUAAAUAUCACAUAUCCUGUGCUGAUGUUGCACUAUAAAUGGAGGAGAUAGAUAGAUUCAGAAGUAGUGGGAGUUUCGGUUUAUCAUCUGUCUCGUUGCCGAGCCCGAGGACUUGAAGGCUUUUCUUAACACACAAGUCAAUGGGGAAGCCUGGCGAGCGCCCCAGCCCCGACAUGGGCCUAUUCAUCUUGCACAAAACACACAAAAGACUCGACCAUGAGCCACAUUCUUGACAUCCAACCUCAUCACCCAACCACCC